AUGUCGAACUUUCUGUCUCAGCUUCAAUACCAGCCGCUCACUAAUUUUGCCGACAACCUGAGCGUCGAGAGCGUUAAGCAACAGAUAGCUAGUAUUCAAAACAAGUUCUCCUCGAUGAGGCCGCCACAGGAGUUCCUAGACUAUAGGAGAUUUUCCAAGCCUCAGAACUUCGGCGAAAUUCAGCAGAGACUCAGUUUCAAUUUGCCUUAUUUCCAAGCCAACUACAUCGCCAUUAUUCUUCUACUGUCGGUGUACGCACUUGUCACAAAUGCAUUGCUCCUUUUUGUUCUAGGAUUCACUGGGUUUGGUAUUUAUUUCAUCUCCAAGUUGAAAGGUGGGGACUUGGAAUUACCUAUGGGAAGACUCACUACAUCACAACUUUACACGGGGCUAGCCGUCAUUGCUAUCCCACUUGGGUUCCUGGCCUCGCCUAUUAGUACUAUGAUGUGGCUAAUUGGUACUUCCUCUGUUACGGUGUUGUCUCAUGCUAGUUUGAUGGAGAAACCUAUCGAAACGGUUUUUGAGGAGACGGUUUGA